UUGCAAUAUUUUUAAGAAUUCUCUCGUAAAUUACUUUUUCAUAUUUAAAGAUAACUGUGAAUACAGUUAAUUAUUGCAUAAUCAUCAAUUGUAACAUUCGAUUUGAAAUCUUUACUUUCUGAAUAUUAAAAUAAUAUUAUGUAAUACAUAGAAUCUAAAAAAAUAUCAAUUUAUAGGCUUGAUUAAAAUUGUCAUAAUUGUAUUAUUAAAAAUGGCAUCUAAUUGGGAAGAAUUUUAUACCAGGAAUCCAAAACCAGCGGAUCUAAAUGAAAGUGAAAGGCUUUUAAAAAACUUUGUAGAAAAACAUGCUAAAGAAAAUGUGAAAGUAGUAUUAGUAACAAGUGGUGGUACAACAAUUCCAUUGGAACAUAAUACAGUUCGAUUUGUUGAUAAUUUUAGUGCUGGAACAAGAGGUGCAAUUUCAGCUGAAUAUUUUCUAAAUUAUGGUUAUGCUGUUAUUUUUAUGCAUAGGCUUAAAUCAGUGGAGCCCUUUUCAAGACAUUUUUCAGGAUAUAAGUGUUUAGAUAUGUUAGAAAUGACAACUACAAAUAAUACUCUCUCAAUAUCAGUUAUCCCAGAGCAAGUUGAUAAAGUAUCGUCAAUUUUAAAAAAAUAUAAAGAUACUUUGAGGCAAAACAAGCUACUGUCAAUAAGUUUCACUACCCUUUCGGAGUAUUUAUGGUUAUUAAGAAGCACAUGUCAAACUUUAGCUUCUCUGGAAAAUCAAGCUAUUUUGUAUUUGGCUGCUGCAGUAUCUGAUUUUUAUAUUCCUUCAAAUGAAAUGUCUGUACAUAAAAUAUCUUCAGAUGGACCUCCAUCUAUUCAUUUACAACUAGUACCAAAAGUUUUGAAACCUCUUGUUAAUCUGUGGGUUCCUAAAGCUUAUGUUGUGUCAUUUAAGCUUGAAACUGAUGAGAGUAUUAUUUUAAAGAAAGCUAGACAGGCUUUGGAAAAAUAUCAUCAUAAUCUGGUAAUAGCAAACAUGUUGCAAACACGUAGAACUCAAGUAAUCAUGGUAAGUGAAAAAGAUCAUGUUACUUUGUCACUCACUGAAGAACAAAUUUCCAAAGGAGAAGAGAUUGAAAACCUAAUAGUUUCUGAUCUUGUUAAAAAACAUGAAAGUUGGAUUCUCUCAGAAGAGAGUACAUAAAAA